AUGCGAGAAAAGGCCACCUGGAUGCACCCUCCGUUGAGACACUGGCACCUGCUUGACUAUGUCCUCGUCCGGAGGCGAGACCAGCGGGACGCGCUGGUGACAAAGGUGAUACUGGGUGCCGAAAAGUGGACCGACCACCGUCUCGUCAUCAUCAAGAUGCGGAUUCGCCCACAGCCUCACAGGAGACCUCAAGGUAAGCGACCCCCACGUAAGCUGAGUAUUGCUUUGUUGUCUUUGCCUGCUCAGCAUCUCCAUCUCAGCAACGAGCUAGUCCAACGGCUAGCCAACAUGCCAGUCGCUGCUGCCGCUGACGAGAACGCCUCUGUGGAUAAACGGUGGUGUCAGCUGCGGGACACAGUCCAGUCGACGGCUCUGGCCGUCCUCGGUCGCGCACGUCGCCAACAUCAGCACUGCUUUUAUGACAACGACGCCGCCAUCAGCAACUUGCUCGCUGAGGAAAACGAGUACACAAAGGCUACGUCGACCGCCCCAUCGACGACAACAAAACAGUUUUCUUCCGUAGUCGCUGCCUUGUGCAACAGCGACUGUGCGAGAAGCAGAACAUCGCUGGGAGGAUCUUCGCUCGCAUUCUUCUCAAUCGCCUGAACUAUCAUCUGGAACAAGAUCACGUGUCGGAAAGCCAGUGUAACGUCCGCCGUCAUCGUGGAACCACCGAUAUGACCUUCGUCGCCCGUCAACUGCAGGAGUGUCGGGAGAUGCGCGCCCACGUUUCCUCUACCUUCGUGGAUCUGACGAAAGCCCUCGAUACGGUGAAUGUAAAGAGUUGUGGAGAAUCAUACAGAAAUUCGGCUGUCCCGAACGAUUCACUCAGAUGGUGCGUCAGCUCCACGAUGGCAUGAUAGCGCGAGUCACGGACAAAAGGGCUGUCUCAGAUGCAUCCGCAGUGGCCAACGGAGUGGAGCAGGACUGCGUCCAGGCGCCUACCCUCUUCAGUCUCAUUUUAUCUGCCAUGCUGAUGGACGCCUACAGUAACGGACGCCUUGGCACCCUCAUCGCCUACAGGACGGACGGCCACCUCAGUCAGCGGAGGAUGCACUUCCAGUGGCGUGUAUCCACAACUGCUGUCCAUGAACUUCUCUUCGCCGACGACUGCGCCCUCAACACCACCUCGGAAGGAGGCAUGCAAAGGAGCAUGGAUCUCUUCUCCGCCGCCCGCCACAUCUUCGGCCUCAUCAUCAACACGGAGACGGUGGUCAUGCACCAACCGCCAUCCGGCGCUGCCUAUGUCGCAACCCAAAUCAACGUGACGGCCCCCAACUGCGAGUGGUAG